AUGGUAGUUCUAUAGAGUUCUAGCUCGAUGAAGUCAGUUCUUUACGCAAUUGCAAUAACCUGAUUGUGUAACGUAGAAUACAUAGUUGUUAGAAGAAGUUAAAUUGAGGUCCACAGCAUUACUCCUAAUAGUAGAGAAUACAUCAUCAAGUUUUAUAUCACCCGUAUCGUCUCGAUAAGGGAACAGCUGGGUGAGAGUGGAAUAGAGUGAAUUUCUUGUAUAGCUAACAAAAUUGCGAUUCAAUGUGAAUUCAUAAGCGUUAUCAGUAAGCAUGAUUUGUAGCUCUUCCAUGUUGUAAAGGCCCGUAAGCUCCAGUAUUGCUGUGAUUGAUGAAUUGAAAGCUGUAUCAUCUUUACCAACAGAAUCCAAAAUGAAGGCCAGAUGAAGUGGUUGAACUUCUGAGCCUUCAUUCCUAAGAGAAGAGCGUUGUAAGGUGACUCAGGAGGAGCUGAGGAGUCGACGUUCUCAACAGGCUGUUGUUUAAGAAAGAUUGAGAAAAGUUGUGAGUCCGUCGUCGACAGCAUGACUGUUGGGUCCAGUCCUCCUCCAUAAUAAACCAGAACGAUUUGAGUGCCAGCAAUUGAUCUCAUAAUUGCAGAUGUGAUGUCCAAAGUUAAUGGAGUCGUUGAUCGUUCAACGACUAGUAUAAGCGAUGCCACUUCGUUUGCAAAAUACGGUAGUUCGGGUGAUGAGGUACAGCUAAGCAAACUUGUUUGACAAAACUCUCCAGCAUAUUGGCCUGGAAUACAAGCACAGGUAUUGUCUGGCAUCGUAGUUCCUCCAUUCUGGCAGACACGCGUCAGGCAAUCGGCCCCUGCCCAUCCCAUAUCGCAAAUGCAGUUUUGAUCCAUAUUCAGCUUGCCAUGAACACAAGCUUGGCCUCCUCUGUCAAGGCAUGUGAGUAUUUGUGUUCGUGUGAUAUUCGUGGGGCCGACGGUAGAAUCUACCUAAACAUAUCAUUUUUCUCGGCACGGUUUAGGACUACCAGGUCUCUCAACCACUCAAAAAAGGCGUCAACGAUGAACUGA